AUGCCGCUACAAAAUGGCACAGCAAGUAAAGAGGGUUGUUUCUUAGCAAACGGUAGCAACGGCACCAAAAGGUCUACCGGAAUCCCAUCCACCACGGCGAGCAAUGGUAGCCCGGCAACAGUAACUCAAAAAGUCAAAAUUGACCACGACCGUGAGCCUCACCCGAAUGGCGAGUUGAUGAAGCCAGCCUCGGGCAGCGCCGCGGCGCCGCAACAUCUAGAGCAAAUCUGGGGAUGGAAUAGCACGGCACCAAAGUCCGUGGAGCGAUGCGUCCAUGAUUUGAUAAGUGAGAGAGUUCGGGCUCAACCUGAUGCUCCUGCUGUUUGUGCCUGGGACGGAGAGCUUACAUACAGUGAGCUCGAUGGCCUUGCCACCAAACUAGCGUCAAGACUUCGCCGCUUAGGGGUCAGACCAGAUAUCUUGGUACCGCUAUGUUUUGAAAAGUCUAUGUGGACUACAGUGGCAAUCCUCGGGGUAAUUAAAGCUGGAGGCGCUUUUGUUCUGCUGGAUCCCUCGCUCCCGGAACAGCGCCUGCAAGUCAUUGUUCAGCAACUCCAGGCCAAGGUCAUCAUAUCUUCCCCUUCCAAUGGUGAAGUGAGUUCGCGAUUUACACAGAGAGCAAUCGUCAUCAAUUGGGACUUCUUCACCUCGACCGAAUUCGAAAACGUUGAUGAUGGUGUCCCGCAAACCUACCCUGCCAACCCGGCAUCACUUCUCUAUGCGGUUUUCACAUCUGGAAGCACUGGCAUGCCAAAGGGGGUCUUGAUUACCAACAAAAAUGCCGCUUCAGCUCUAUACCAUCAAGCAGAAUGUAUGGGGAUGAAUCAGAAUGCGAGGAUAUUUGACUUUGCAUCGUACAGCUUCGAUGUCUCCGUCAGCAAUGUGCUCUCUGCCCUGGCGACUGGUGGCUGCCUAUGUGUUCCAGGCGAUGAAGAUCGCAAGGAUAACUUGGAGAAAAGCAUAGCCUCCUUAGAAGCCAAUAUACUUGAUAUUACGCCGUCCAUGGCGCAAGUCCUAUCGCCCGACAGGCUACCUUCGGUCAACACUGUAAUUUUCGGAGGAGAGGCCUUGCAUCCUACGGAUAUCAAGCGAUGGUGGGGAAGAGUCAACAUCAUUCACAUCUACGGGCCAUGCGAAUGCACACCGACAAGUACCAUCAACUACAGCAUGGCCGGCCCGGACGAGGCGGUACAUAUGGGAAAGGGCGUGGGACUAGUGACCUGGAUCGUUGAUCCAGAAGACCACGAGACGCUGCUUGUUCCAGGAUGUACGGGCGAACUAUUACUAGAAGGUCCACUCGUCGGCCGAGGUUAUCUGAAUGACGAUGCAAAGACUGCGGCUUCGUUUAUAGAGGAUCCGGAGUGGCUACUUCGCGGAACCCCAACCAAGCCGGGGCGGCGCGGUAGGCUGUACAAGACCGGCGACUUGGUACAAUACACGAGCAACGGGUGCCUGAAAUUCGUUGGCCGGAAGCAAGCUGCUCAAGUGAAGAUCCGAGGCCAGCGGCUUGAGCUCGGGGAGAUUGAGCACACCCUCCGCAAUCAUGGCCGUGUGGAUGAGGCGGUUGCCGCAUUACAACACGAAGAGGGCCAAGAGUCCCGGAUCGUCAGCUUCGUGACUGUGCGUGAUGUUGGUGGCAUCGACUCGCUGACUGACAACGGAGAUGGAUGGAAGGCGCACUGCGACGGGGAAUAUAUCCCCAUGAUGGACUAUCGGGGUCGGACCGAGCAGUCUCUCAACAAUGGAAAGUCGCCAAAGAGGAGUAAGCAAGAGAUUCAGAACGAGCUCUUUGGGAUGCUGAAGGCUCAGCUCCCCCUAUACAUGGUACCGCAAGUGAUUGAGGUUCUGGACAGAAUGCCUCUCAACCGAAACGGCAAAAUCGAUCGCCUAGCACUUGUCAAAGGUCUCCAGUCCAAGACCUCGGUACGAGGCCCUGUUUGGCAGCCCGUGUCGGAAGCACAGCGACAGAUGCUCCAGGUUUGGGCACAAGUCUUGAAUAUUGACCCUUCCACCAUCGGGACCGAUGCUAGUUUCUUCCAUCUCGGAGGCAGCUCCAUAUCCGCCAUGAAAGUCGUGGCUGUGGCUCGAGAGAUUGGCAUGAAACUGAGUGUAGCUGAUAUAUUUCGUUAUCCGGUGCUGCAUGAGCUCGUCGACCAGAGCCUCCAUGAAUCCCCGGAUGAGAAACCAGACCAAGCAAUAGGUCCAUUUACCCUCUUAGACAACGAGGCUUCUCCAAGUACUCUUCUUCAAGAGAUAUGCAUCCAAUACGACCUAGGCCAGAUCGAUAGGACAACAGAAAAUACGUUCAUACAAGACGCAUAUCCAUGCACUCCGCUGCAAGAAGGUCUGAUGUCCUUGACGUCAAUGAGUCCAGGCUCUUAUAUAGGGCAGAACGUGCUUGAAAUAUCACCUGAUGCUUCAAUCGAGAAGCUGCGUUCGGCAUGGGAGCAAGUUGUGCGCCGUUUACCAAUUCUACGCACUAGAUUGGUGCAUCACGACCGCGUCGGUCUUGUGCAGAUCGUCAUGAACGAGCCUGUAAACUGGAUUGAAGCAAAUUCGUUGGAGGAAUAUAUCAAAUCUGAUAUCGAGCGACCCAUGGACCUGGGCCGGCCACUGACUCGCUUCGCCCUGAUAGACGCCAUGGGAACCCCCAAGUGGUUUGUGUUGACUAUACACCACGCCCUCUAUGAUGGAUGGUCUAUGCCACUAAUCCUAGACGCUGUGAAGAAGGCAUACCGGGGCGAAGAGUUUCGACAAGGUCCGCCAUUCCAAGCCUUCGUACAAUACGUCAAGAAUCAGGACAGCAAGAUGAUGAGGGCGUACUGGCUUGAUGCUCUCGACGACUGCCAAUGUGCACCCUUCCCGAGUCUCCCACCGCACAUUGAGAAGCCAUCGACAGACAAAUCUGCUCAAUACUCAUUCCCAAAGCCCCAAAGCAACCGCCUGGGUAUUACUCCUCCGAUCAUGAUACGUGCAGCAUGGGCCUUGCUUGUUGGCAAGAUGACCAGUACGGAAGAUGUCGUCUUUGGGGUGACGCUAUUCGGCAGAAAUGCAUCACUUCCCGGCAUCGAAAUGAUAGCCGGCCCAACCUUUGCGACAGUUCCAGUGCGUAUAAAAUGGAACAGCAACGACACGGCAGUCGAAUAUCUCAAGACAGCACAGCAGCAGGCAACGGGAAUGAUUCCAUAUGAGCAAUUCGGCCUACACAACCUGGCUGAACUCAGUUCUGGGACACGUCAAGCAUGCAGGUUCCAAACGCUGGUCGUAAUACAACCGGAAGAAGCGAGUGAUAGCUCAGACGAGCUGGGCACGUGGAAGGGCGACUUCGGCCAAGGCGACAGAAUCGACUCGUACGGCCUUGUGCUUAUCAUGCAACUUGGUAGAGAAACAGUGAGUGUUUCAGCUUCCUUCGACUCGAGGAUGAUAGAACCAUGGAGGGUCGAUAAGCUAUUAAGCCGGUUAUCAUAUGUGGUCUCCCAGCUGAACCAGGCCAACCCGGAGCUUCUCCUCUCCGAUGUCGAAACCACAACUCCCGAAGAUCUUGAGCAAAUGUGGAACUGGAACCAUAAAGUACCAUUGGCAGCAGAGAAAUGCGUUCAUGAAUUAUUCGAGCAGACGGCUCAAGCUCAGCCUAAAGCUUCUGCCGUAUGUGCCUGGGAUGGAGAGUGGACAUACAGCGAGCUUGACGAAGCUUCCUCACGGAUAGCCCAUUAUCUAGUUAUUCUCGGCGUCGGGUUAGAGCAGAUUGUGCCUUUGUGCUUUGAAAAGUCUCGCUGGACACCAGUCGCCAUGCUGGCGGUCAUGAAAGCCGGCGGAGCAUCGGUGGCUUUGGACUCAACCCAACCGGAAGAGCGCCUUCGCACAAUCGUACAGCAAACUGAGCCACCACUGAUGCUGUCUUCUUGGGCAAACAGGGAGCUGGCGAGCCGUGUAAUCCGCCAGCACGUUGUGGUAGUUGAUGACAGUCUGCUGGCAAGGUUGAAGUCGGUAUCGGGAACCUGUCAACUGCCAGUUGUGACACCAUCGAACAAGCUCUAUAUUGCCUUCACAUCGGGAAGUACCGGAGUUCCCAAAGGUGCUGUCAUUACUCAUCGAAAUUUCAGCUCCGCGAUCCAGCAUGUGCGCAACUCAAGCUCCGGUAGUGUCGAACCCACGGCAAGAGUAUACGAUUUUGCUUCGUACGCUUUUGACAUCAGCUGGUUCAACAACCUGCAGUCUCUGACAAACGGCGCGUGCCUGUGCAUUCCUUCCGAGGCGGAUCGAAGAAAUGAUCUCGCGGGAUCCAUUCACCGGCUACAGGCCACCUUUGCCAUAUUAACGCCGUCGACCGCGAAUAUUCUCCCGCUUGAGACUAUCGGCUCCCUCCGGACGCUCAUGCUGGCUGGCGAGGCGCUGCCGUCCGAGUACGCAAAGCGAUGGGUUGGGCUGACUCGGUUAACAAACGGGUACGGUCCUUGCGAAUGCACUCCGAUCACCACAAUAGCAGCCAUCGAGGGGGAGAGUGUAGUGGCAUCUAGCAUAGGCAGGGGUGUUGGCGUCAAUGCUUGGGUAGUACAGGCCUCAGACCACAAUAGAUUAGUUCCUAUCGGGGAUGCCGGAGAGUUGAUGCUGGAAGGGCCUCUCGUCGGCUGUGGCUAUCUUGGUGAUGCCAAACAGACAGCAGCAGCCUUUAUCCAGGAUCCAGCAUGGCUUCGCCACGGGGCGCCAGGCUAUCCUGGUCGUCAAGGCCGCCUAUACAAGACGGGAGACUUGGUGCGGUAUGAUUCAGAUGGCAGCCUGGUCUUUGUCGGACGCAAGGAUGCCAACCAAGUCAAGAUUCGCGGGCAAAGAGUCGAGCUAGGCGACGUCGAACACCACGUCCGUGUUAGCAUUCCCGCUGCGAGACAGGUAGUAGCUGAAGUCAUACUACCUGCGGAUACGAAAGGCCAAGGGCGGCCAACACUGGCUGCAUUUCUUGUCGUUGAUGAUCAAGCGGCCGUAUCACCAGACGUCCAAGUCAUGAGCGUAUCGGCUGAAGUUGACCAUGAACUUACGAGGCGGUUGCCCGGCUACAUGGUUCCGACAGUUUACUUCUCUCUGAAAGAACUCCCUACCAACAGCUCCGGCAAGAUAGACCGGCGUCGUCUGCGCGAACUCGGAGCCGGCGUCACUCUUCAGCAACUUGCCCAGCUUAGAAGCGCGUCUGUCAGCACCAAGCGUGCCCCUGCCAACGAGACGGAACACACGCUUCAGAAAGUAUGGGCUCGUGUCCUGGGCAUCGAUGCAGACAAGAUUGGUUGCGACGAUAGUUUCUUCCGGCUUGGCGGCGACUCUAUUACUGCCAUGCAGGCAUCGGCGGCUUGCCGAGGGCUCGGUCUGGAUGUAUCUACGGCGGACAUUAUGCGCAGCAAGACCAUUUCCUCAAUCGCGGCGGCUGCCUCUUUAUCAAAACAUCAUGUCCCGAGGGUGGGCAAGGUUGACCUGAAGAAUGAUGAUGGCCAGCCUUUCGAGCUGAGCCCGAUUCAGCGGCUUUACGUGGCGACGCAGUCGCAUCCGAACCAGUGUUUUGACCAAAACUUCUUCCUGAAAUUGCGUCAGCCGAUAUCCUUUGCCGCCUUGUCAAAGGCUACCGAGACGAUUGUCAUGAGACAUCCCAUGCUCCGGGCCAGGUUCAUCCUAACCAGCAACGGCGUUUGGAAGCAACGUAUACUUGAGGAUGCGUCGCAGUCAUUUCACAUUUCUGAGUUAGAUGGCACAGAAUCGGUGACUUCACCAAUGGCUAGCCAUAUUCGUCAAUGUCGGGAGAGGCUUAACAUUGAGACUGGCCCUAUUCUGGCAGCAGUUCUGUUUAGCGACCUGGAGUGUCAAAGCGUGUUCAUCACAGUGCAUCACCUUGUUAUUGAUCUAGUUUCAUGGAGGAUUCUACUCGAAGAGCUCGAAGGUCUCCUUAGUGGGCGCCAACUAUGCGCAAGUCCGACGACAAGCUUCCAGAGGUGGUGCUCUCUUCAAGCACAAUAUUCCCUUGAGAACCUUCAAGAAGAAAUAAAGCCGGAAGCCAAGCCGCCGCUUUUAUCGUACUGGGGGUUGAAAUUUGAUGGCAAUUUGCAAGGAGCGAUUGUAUCCAAGGAGUUUGUAAUAGAUGAAGAAGCUACCAGUGCGAUUUUAGGCGCCUGCAACGAGGCGUUUGGCACGCGCCCGGUCGAACUGAUGAUAGCGGCUCUUAUUUACUCCUUCUCAACCGUUUUUACUGAUCGAGCCUUGCCAUCGGUAUUUAGUGAAGGGCAUGGCCGCGAACCCUGGGACAACCGCAUUGACCUUUCUCGAGUCCUUGGCUGGUUCACGACGAUUUCUCCUGCGUUCGUGCCCGAAAGAGAACUCCUCGAUUUGGUAGACACUAUACGCCUGACCAAGGAUUCUGUCAGAAGAUUGUCAAAGAAUGGCUGGUCCUACUUUACAUCUAAAUUUGCCCAUGAGACUACUACCGCAAGGCAUGCCACCGACUUCCCUGUCGAGGUAUUGCUCAACUUUGCUGGCUCCUACCAGCAGCUAGAAAGAAACGACAGCUUCUUCGAAAGUACCACGAUGGUGGAAAACUGCCAUCCCGAAUCGUGGUCAAAGUUGCGUCGUUUUGCGCUGUUUGAGUUCAACGCGCAUGUGGACAAGGGCCGGCUGGCUGUGUCCCUCGAAUACCCCAAGACCACACGACACGGUGAUUUAAUCGAACAUUGGCUGGUAAGCUACAAAGCUGCCUUGACGAAUUUGGAUGCGCUAUUGAGCAACAGGUCGCCAGAAUGGACUCUAUCCGACUUUCCCUUGGCGUUUACGUCUUACACCGACAUGGACGAGUUCCGGUCUGUCACAUUGAGCCAGUUGGGGCUCCAGAACGCACAGGAUAUUGAAGAUAUUUUCCCAUGUACCGGCUUGCAAGAGGGUCUGCUCUUUGCCCAGUUCAAAUCCCUAGACAACUAUCGAGUGGUGCUCGAUUUUGAAAUAACAGCCACUGAGACGCCUGGCGACCAUGUCGACCUACUCAGAAUCGAACGGGCCUGGCAAGCCGUGGUGCGGCGACACGCGUUACUGCGCUGUAUCUUGGUUGAUAUGGUGCCCGGGAGCAGCAGGACAAUGCACGUUGUCCUCAAAGACCCAAAACCCAGCAUUUCGUUUGAUCAGUCUGCAUCCGACACGUCGAUAGACCGUGGACUCAGCGGCGGCCACACUCGCGUCAAGUAUGAAAAGUACGCACUGCAGUACCACUUAUCAGUGUCUAGCAUUGAUGAGAAGCACGUCCGUAUUUUGUUCGAGUUGAAUCAUGUGAUUUUGGACGGACACUCGACCGGCGUGAUGCUUCAUGACUUCUGGCAAGCCUACAGUGGCACUCUCUCAGCGGAUGCAGAUGCACCCUCGUACGGCGACUUCAUCAGAUACGUUGAAAAGGAACCGCGUGGUGCCCAUCGUGAUUUUUGGGUCAAGUAUUUGGAAGGGGUGAAACCCUGUUUCUUCCCGCCCUCGAAAUCGGCAACAGGGGAGUCCAAGGACAUUACCGUCUCAGUUCCGGGCCUCGAGGCAUCUAAAAUACAUGAAUUUUGUGCUAAAUGGGAAGUCACGACGGCUUCUGUGAUUCAGACAGCAUGGGCCCUGGUGCUGUAUCACUUCACAGGCUGCGCAAACCCUUGCUUUGGCAACCUCGCCUCCUGUCGAGAUGUGCCUAUCGACAGACUCGGGGAUAUGUUUGGACCCGUCAUCGCCAUGAUCCCCUAUCGUGUUCGGUUGGACGGGGGUCAUUCGGUCGUGGAGACAUUGCGGGAAGCGCAGAAAGACUACGUAGAUAGUUUGCCACAUCAGAUGUUUUCACUAAUGGAAAUCCACGAGGCUCUUGAAGUCGGCUCGUCUGGGCUGUUUAAUUCUAUUCUUAGUUUUCAACGAGUUGCCGAGCAGCCAGAUGCAUCCGCGGACGGACAUACCAUCCGAGAGAGAUUUGCUCAUGAUCCAGUAGAGUAUCCCAUUUCCCUGAGUGUUGGUGACAGUGAUACAGAUCUGUCGAUUGACAUGACUUUUAAAGGGGGGUUUAUUCCAAGCACUGAAGCUGAUCGGGUAGCCAAGGCAAUGGGAGCCGCCGUGUCAUCGCUUAUAAGUGAACCUCACAAGAAAAUCAGCAACGACAGCCUCUUAACCCGGGAUGACUUGGAGCUUAUAUGGAGUUGGAAUUCCGAGGUACCAGCAGCAGAGGGUCCUUUAGCCCAAAAACAGUCCAUAUUGCCACCAGAAGCCGUGGCAGUCUGUGCCGAAAAGGUCGUCACGAUCGCCAAGGGGGCCGGCCUAGUGACGUGGGUGGUUGACCCCAAAAACCAUGACUCCCUGCUCCCGCCCGGCUGCGUUGGAGAACUCCUUCUUGAAGGGCCUCUUCUUGGUUGCAGUUAUCUCGGUAUCAAGGUGAAACCUGACGCAGCCUUCGUCAAGGACCCGAAAUGGUUGCUCAUGGGCGUUCCAGGCAAGCAGAAGGGACGGCAUGGCAGACUCUACAAGACAGGCGACCUAGUUCGCUAUAAUAUGGAUGGAAGUCUGAUAUUUAUGGGUCGCAAUGAAGACACUCAAGCAACGAUCCACGGGCGAACCAUUGAGCUGGAGGAGGUCGAAUACUGGGCCCAAAACCACAUGUCAGAUGUUGGGCAAGUUGUGGCCGAGGUUAUCAAACCUCAAGGGGAAGACCUGCCUUCAAACUAUUUGCUUGCCAUGUUUGUUCAGCUGAAGGAUGAUAUAAUCAAUGGCAAUAAGCCAGGAUCUCCUAUCAAGUUACUUCCCAUCCCGGCUGAUGUAGAAGGCAGAUUGGCUGAGCAAUUACUUGCUUACAUGAUGCCAUCUGUGUUGUUCUCCGUCUCAGAGCUACCAAAGACAAUGACAGGAAACAUUGAUAGGAAGCGAUUACGGGAGAUGGCGGCUCAAUUCAGCAUUGAGCAGUUGGAGACUGUGCGAUCUUCCGGACAAAGGACAAGCCGACAACCGACUUCUGAAGCAGAACGGGUUAUGCAAAAUAUCUGGGCCAAGGUUCUCAAUGUUAGCAUCGAUUUGAUUGGCUUGGACGAUAACUUCUUUCAUCUGGGUGGCGACUCGAUCUCGUCUAUGAGACUUGUCAGUGAGGCCCGAAAGCUUCACAUCAACAUUACGGUAGCAGAUGUUUUCCACCGCAAAACUUUGGCCGAGUUGGUCGACGGGCAGCAUGUAAACGGGGUGGAAUCUGGCCUCAAGCUUGAUGAGGUUGUGCUCAUUGAUUCUCCUACCAAAGAAACCCUUUCAAGGGAAAUUGUCUCGCUUUGCCCAGACAUCCGCCGCGAAGACAUUGCUGAUAUACUACCCGCCACCAGCGUCCAAGAAAGAUGUUUUGUCGAGGGUAUUUAUCCCGUUAUGUGCAUCAACCAGGACAACACCGUUGGUGACACUUUAUGUGGACGCUUUGCAAACUACGUCUAUAUAGAUCUGCCCGAGAACACUGACGUCGCUCUGUUGGAGAGAGCCUGUACACGAACCCUCGGCGAAUUUCCCAUUCUACGAGCAUGUUUUUUGCGGCUGCAGGGGAAAUUCUGGCAGGUCGUGCUCCAAAACAUCCAGCAUCCCUUCCGUGUACAUGAUGUCAGCGAGAAUCUUGACGUAGCCCUCGACAACUUUUGUGUCAGUGAUGCUCACAAGGUCUCUGCAACUCAACCGCCAGUUUCUCUGGUACUCCUCAGACACAAGACGCAAGGUGAGAGGCUGAUAAUUCGCAUUUCUCACGCCCAGUACGACGGUGUUUGCCUGCCCACCAUUAUCGGGUCUUUCAUGAAUGGGCCUGGAACAGCUCCUCCUCCCCCGAGCUUCUCUUCGUUCCUGUCGCACGCCUCUCUCACACGGUGCAAGUCUAUUGAAUACUGGAAAAGGCUUCUGCAGGGGUCGCAGCAUCCCGGUGCCCUGCGCAAACAUCUCCUCGCCCAGACAGAUAUUCAUAAGCCGCAGCCAGAGGCAAUUUAUAUUCGCGCAGAGACAAGUCUUCCUCGCCUUCCGGGCAACAUGACUCCGGCGACUCUAGCCAGCGCCGCUUGGGCACUUCUUCUAUCACGGCUGACUGGGAAAGGCGAUGUCGUCUACGGGCAUUUGGUAACAGGACGAAACUCAGAAAUGGGCGGCAUCGACAAGACAGUAGGGUGCUGCCUCAACUAUAUUCCCGUACGGGUCACAUUCCCGUCGACUCAGACCCUAACUGAACUACUGUUCGCCAUUCAGGAACAGUUUCUUGCGGUGGGGGAAGCUGAUUCCCUUGGCUACAAGGAGAUCAUUGAGAACUGCACAGACUGGCCGCCAGGUUCAACGUUUGAGUCCACCAUUCAACACCAGAAUAUUGAUGAGAAUCCGCAGAUUCAAUCUGCCGCCGGCGUAUCGCAGGUGCAGUUUUUUCAAAACCCUCAUCUUGUGCCCAUGUCAAUACACAUGGUAUCGGAAACUCGAGGCGAUAAGCUAUGCUUGGAGCUGAAUAGCAAUACACACAUAAUGAGCUUAGAGGCGGCUGAGGCCAUGGUCAAUGGGCUCAUCUCCAUUGUUGACGAGUUUAAAACUGCCAUGUGA